CCCGGGUGAAAGUCAGUCAGGGCAACGAACAAUUCUCUCAACCACCAGCAGCAGUCCCAGUUGGCAGUUGCAAGUGACGGAUUCCGUUCUGGAUCCUGUCCGUCAAUCCAAUUCCAAUUCCUUCCUUCACACACGAUUUCUCCAUCCGGGAACCGUCGUGUCUCGCUCGGUCCUCUCCACAGACCGUCGCCUUGGACCGCCAUCAUCAACUCUAGGUUGGGAUUGCUGCCGUGUCCAAUAUCUAGGUCGCGUCGCGCUAUCUAGAAUACCUUGGUCGGGUCGGUAACCGGCUUUCAUCAUCUAUUCCCUUCUAGGCCACCGCCCGCCGCCUCCAUCUGCGAAUACCGGUCGCGGUCGCGGAGUCUGUUUUUUUAUCUUCUAAAUUCAUCAUCUUCACCAUCCGCGCGGUUUGUUCCUGCGCCUGGAGCUGUAUUCGCCCCGUGUCUGAUCUUUCUCACUCCCUUCUGUCGCAACGGGUGUGCCUUGCCUUGGCAAGCUUGCAUACCACUGCGCAUUACACCUCAUCCAACCACCCGACUUUGCAUACCUUCCCCAACAUCCAGGCACCCCGACGGCACCCCGACGGCACCUCACCACUCCAGACCGACCUCCCGGCCUCAACUCCAAACACUCAGCUGCAUCCCAGGUUACCCAAGUACAAGCGGCCCUGCCUUGCCGACAAAGAGGGCCCAAUUGGCGUUGCAGCCGACGCUGUGUACCGGUGUGCGACAACACCACCACCACCACCACCACCACCACCGAAACAACAACGAUCCUGUCCGACCAACCUGUCCCUUCCUCAAAAACAAGGCACUGCCGGUCUACCACUCUUUCGCAUAGUACCAGCUACCAUCCGAUCUCUACCUACGUCGCCCAGUCUGGCACUAGGAGUUAACCUCACAGCAUACGCCAUCUCAACAACAACCACUUGGACAUCAGUCAUCGUCGCGAUCACUUCCCCCCCCCCCACGCUAGCCCACAGCUCGGUUACGGGCCGUCGCCGACCAUCUUGACGCCAAGGGCCUUUUUGGUUAGGGAUCUAGUUCGAGCAAUAUCACUCACUCCAGCAGAUAUUCCCAAAUCUGGGCCCACUGUCAUUCAUUUCUGCUUUCGUUCUUCGACUAUGAGCCAUGAUACAAUUUGAGGAAGAACAUGACGUUAGGAGGUUUGAAUCGAGAAUCCAUGGCCCGCGAUUGGACGACAACAACAGUCUCGAUUACGCCAACAAAAAGGUGUUGGUCGUCGGUGCCGCAAAGGGAGCCCAACACCAAAAGUUAGCACCAACACACAUCACCAAAAGAAUCAAUCACAGUCCUGCGAAAAGAAAGGUCUCUCGUAGACAAAGCAGCACAAAAGCACUUCUCACUCUUCUGUCAGCAAUCCCGGCAGCCAUGGCUCAGUGCGUGCCACUUAAGGGAUCGACGGCCUGUUCUGCCUUCCAAGUGUCUUCAAUAUCGACAGAUGAGGACCUGGUGAAACUGUAUCCGUUCCUAAAGGAUGUCAAAGACACCGCAACAUUUGAUGAGCAGCUAAAGUCUUAUGUGCAAACAAAUUACGUUCAACUCAAGUUCCAGAAUCUUUUCGGUUGCGGGGGGAUUAAAUUCACUAAUACGACUGAGCUCUAUGCGCGAUUCGCGACUACCGUACUGUGCAACGGCGUCAUUCAGAAUUCCGUUACCAAAUGUAACCUUUCAGCAGCAAAUUCUCGACCGAUUUGUGCUGAUACUUGCGCACAAUACGCGAUCAGCGAAGCUAACAUCGUCGCUGACAGCUCUCUUUGCGAAAAUCCAAAUGACAACUACUCAGAUCAGAUUCGAGCCGAUUUUACUACGUGUGCCCUGCCGGCAGACUCCUUAUCUAGUAGCGACUGUAUCUCGGGGAUUGCGAAUGAGCCCGACAAUUGUGGAUUCGGAAGCAGUCUUUUGGGCUUGUGUGGUUAUUGCAAAUCUGGGGGGCCGAAUGCGACGGAUACAUGUUGCUAUAAUUCCGACGCCGAGACUAGAUGUGCCAAUGUCGUCCUUCCUUCGAUUUCGCCAUCAAUAACUUUGGACCCCGUUCCAAGCGCUACUUCGACCAGCGAACCGGUAACAGAUCAUGGUAGCCAAAAGGGGCUCUCCGGCGGCGCAAUUGCAGGAAUCGUGGUGGGCGCAGUGGUGGGCUUGGCUCUGUUGACCCUGCUGAUCUUCGCGUGCAUUUUCUUGAGAAGGAGGAGACGUGGCAGCCAGGACGGCAACCUUCUCAACCAGCCGACGCCUGCUAGGAAAGGGCCAUCAACAGCGCUAAUGACACAGAAUGAUGGGCUGAAUCAUGGAUUGGCAGGGCCACCAGGUGGAAGGAUAGCCCGGAUGUCAGCCCUCGAGGGGGAUGCCCCGUCCCCACGGUCUCAUCGAGACUUCAGCUCCGGAUCCGGCGAGAAGACGGCAGCCGCUUAUGCUAUUAGUAGAACAAGCAGAAGAAGAGGCGAUGAUUACUCGUCGUCCGACGGAUACCGCGACAGCCCGAUAUCUGACCGAGGUAUUGGCAUUCUACGACCGCCGCCGACGAUGAAGAGGAGCGGCUCCCUGUCGAGCGGUUCAGUUCUCGCAGGCGAAGACGGUGUCUCGCUAAUGUCAUCACCCCAGGGUGGUGUGGCCAGCCAACAAAGCGAGCAGCUGCCCUUCUUCAAAGAUUACUAUUCUCAAGACGAGAUCCAUCCAGGCGACAAGGUUGCCACGCUUUGGGCAUACCAGCCACGGGCUGCUGACGAGUUCGCCCUUGAACGGGGUGACAUGCUCAAGGUCGUUGGUAUUUGGGAUGACGGAUGGGCAACUGGCGUCAUGGUGGAUGAGACUGCUGAAGAAUGGGAAAACCGUCGCCAAGCCCAGCGAGAUAGCGGAGUCUCCAACACAUCGGGAAAGAUGCGGGAUGUGUCGCCUCCUGUGAGCGGAGAAAUCAAAGCAUUCCCGCUCGUGUGCGUCUGCCUUCCCGAGCAUUGGCGACGAACAAUCGAGGGAGAUGGCUCAACCGAAACCGGAGAGAGUGCUCAGAACCAAUUAUAGUAACAAACGGACUCAUGAGAGGAUUAUGAGUGCCUGAGGCCGCGGACCUCUUGAAUAACUGCUCAGUCGACCAGUGUUCUGCUAUACGACGUUGGGUACGGACUUGGUGUCAUGGUAUGCUUUAUUGCAACUUCACUCCGGAUACCCACAGGGCACCCCUGUCCCGCUCACUGCAAAUCAUCACUAUUCAAUUCAUGAAUGACGUGUUACAUUCAAGCUGCCAUCCGUCUGCCGUAGGUUGUUUCGUUAGUUGGAUGAGCAGACGCUGAUGAGCGGGAGGCCUGGACGAACGACGACUGCACUACUAGUAUUGCAUCUUUUGACUUUUUCUCUUCUUCUCUCUUAAUUCCUUUAUAUACCCCUGUUUGUGGAGGACGAUGUGUAUUUGGUAGAAUGGAGGCUAUUCUAACUGGAUGUGGGGAAUAUCAAAGAGGAGUAUUUGUAAGAAUGGCGAAAGACCAGUAUCAUACGUUAUGACCUUCGUAGAUGACGCUUUAAGACAUCCGCAGAGCAUCUAUCUAAUUUGAAAGUGGACAUUAUGGAGUUAACUUUGAAUGCGAGUUCCUAAUUGCCG